CAAAACAAAACACCUUUUUUUUUUCCUUAAUACAAAUUCAAAAAGGGUCUCUUCACACUAGACUCAAAAAACCAACCACACUCUACAUCCAUAUAUAUAAAAAAUUUUCUCUUUCUAAAUUUGUGAUAUAUAUAUAAAGCCUAUAUAUAUAUAUAUAUACAAAUGAAGAUCAAGAAUCUAUGCCUUUGAUGUUUAUAUGGAAAAGAAAGAAGAAGACUUAAAGAAGAACAACUUAGAAAAUCAUCAAAAUAACUUAAUGGCUAACUCAACAUUUUCCGAUCAGAUUCCGGCAGCCUUUGGUGGUGGCUUUUUUGAUAUGGCUCAAGCAGGAUACUUGGAUAUAUUAGCUUUUCAAGAUUAUGGUGGAGGUGCAUCUCUUUUUGAUAUACUUCAUGAACAACCUACUCAUCAUCCACCACCUUCACUGAUUGAUCAAUCACCGUCGUCUCUUCCGCCACCGGUGCCGGCGGCGGAGAUAGUGAGCACACCACCCACACAGAAUUCUUGUUCGAUCUCAUCUUCUUCAAAUGAUGCUGUGAAUAAUAAUGUUGAUGACCAAGAGAAUAAUACUAAUACUAGAAAAAGAUCAUCAUCAGCUCAAGAUGAUGACGACGAUGAUAAUGAUAAUGAUGAUGACGACGAUGACAAAACGACUACUACUACUACAACUAAUAAACAGUUAAAACCCAAAAAGAAGAACCCAAAAAAGCAAAGGGAACCAAGAUUUGCUUUCAUGACCAAGAGUGACAUUGAUCACUUGGAUGAUGGUUAUAGAUGGAGAAAAUAUGGUCAGAAAGCUGUGAAAAAUAGCCCUUUUCCUAGGAGUUACCAUAGGUGCACAAGUGUGGCAUGUGGAGUCAAGAAGAGAGUUGAGAGAUCAUCCGAUGAUCCGUCGAUUGUUAUCACAACUUACGAAGGUACCCACACUCACCCGUAUCCGAUGACACCAAGAGGAGCCAUUGGAAUCAUGCCGCCAGAAAGCGGAGGUUAUGGUUGUUUUAGUAGCGGCGGAAAUAAUGGCGGUCUAUCUUCUUUUCUUUUUACACAACCUCACUACCAGCCCUAUACUACUUUCCAUAGCCAAACUUCAAGCUCAUCUAAUUCUCUAAACUUCAACAACAACACUAAUAAUGCUAGUAGUACUACUGCUCAUCCAUCACCAGCAUACUCUCAAUUUUUUCAAGAAAGACGUUUUUGCCCUCCACCUUCUUCUUCUACGUCUUCUUCACUUGUUAGAGAUCAUGGACUACUUCAAGAUGUUGUCCCGUCCCAGAUUCGAAAAGAUGAUCCCAAAGAAGAACAGAAUUAAAAGGUGUAGUUGGUUUGAUCAUCGAAUUAAGGCCAGGUUAUUUAUAGUUACUUAACUAGCUAGCUUCAUGCUUAAUUUCUUCGACAAUCUUUCAAGUAAUCUUAUGUACUGACAAUGUACAAGGAUCGGGUUGUUUUUUUUUGUGUGAAUUACCUUCUUCAAGGUAAUUAGAAGCACUUGUUUCAUCGUUGCGUAGCAAAGUAUGAUCAUCGAUCGAUCAUUGUACAAUGACUAGGUUCCUUUUCAAUUUUCUUAAUUAGUUAGCUAAUUAUAUAUGGCGGGGUUAAUUGUUGGCUUUGUUCUUGUUUCUUUAAUUUGUUGUACUUUCCAGAUAUAUAUUCCCCAUAUUUUUCU